AUGGCUGGAGGUUCACAAUUUCUUGAUGGCGCAAAUCCACCUAUGUUGCCCCCACCAUCUUCACCGCUGCCGCUGCUUCAAGUCGGCAUACAGCUCUGCAUCGUAUUCACGGUGCAUGUCUUCGAGUUUGUCUGUAUGUAUUUCCAUCUCAAACUCUCGGAUAACACUGCCGCCAUUGAGCGGCCAUUCGACGAUGCUGCGGUGGCCCAAAAUGGCCUGAAGAAGAAGGUCCUGAAGUGCCUUCCGAAGCUGACCUACGCCGCCAACAACGACAACCUCUCCGACUGCGCAAUUUGCCUGGCGGAGUUCGCCGUCGGAGAUGAACUCCGAGUGCUUCGUCAGUGCGGUCAUGGCUUCCACGUUGAAUGCAUUGAUACGUGGUUAGGAAUUCACUCCUCUGCCCAUGUCAGAAGUGCAGUGGCGGAGGCUUGCCAGUGGCCAGGUCUUCUUCCUCCAUCGAGUCUGAACCAAGCGACAAGCAAGAAAUAA